AUGCCUUUGCUUGACGACAAGGAGGCCGGUCCGGCAGGUCCGGCAAGGUCAGGAGGCCGAUUCAAGAGUUGGGGACGUUUUCUCGAGGAGGUGCGCGCCAAGAUACCAAAGGCCAAGCGUAUCACACCCUUGGGAUCCGCCAGGAAACCUUCGGCAGUGGGACUGCGAAGGACUGCUGCCGAGGAGGUGGCCGGCUUGUCGCCGCACGCACGGUCGCCACGUCGUCGGGCAGAGGGGUGCCCGUAUCACGGAGGUGGCAGUGCCUGCGCCAGCCGAAGCUGUCAGCCCAGCUUUUUCGCGCCGGGAGCUCCACGCGAGAAGCGUUCGCCCUCCGGGACCUCACUGGGAUCUGGCAGCCAUGGUGAGAUGCUGUAUACACCCCGCGAAGUGCAUGAUACGCCGGGGUUCUACAUGGAGGGCUUAAGCGUUGACUCAACGCCGACCACGGAGUACCGCUUGAGUAGCUUUUCCAACUGCUCCAGCCCCCCGGUGAACGACGAGUCUUCCUACGGCUCCUCUUUUUUGAGGGUGUCCAGCCAAGACAACUGCAAGGAGGUGUACUGCCUCUUUGCUUCACCACUGGGCCAUCCAGCCAUCAAUGUGAGGUCGGAGGUAGAGACCAUCCAGGAGGCCUUUGAAGAAUCUGGCUCAGGAGCCCGACUAAACGUGGGCGUGGCCACGGUGCAAUCUCUCUCGAAGCUGCUGACUUUGGCGAAGUCACAGAAGGGCCUUGUCCUUCAUCUGUCUGCCCACUCAAUCCGCUCCGACAAGGGCGACGUCGGCCUGGUCCUGGAAGACUUUUGCGGGAAGGCGCACGUCCUCUGGAAGAAGCGGCUAGAGGAGAUCCUCGGUAUGAAGGAAAGCGGUCUUCGAAGUGUAUCCCUGCUGUUCCUGAGCACUUGCUGGUCGCAGGAGCUCGCCCAAGUCUUUGUUGAGUGCGGUUGCCCUCACGUGGUGUGCUUGCGAAGUCCCGUCUACGAUGUGGCCGCGCGGAGGUUUUCUCAGCAGUUUUACCUCUCCCUGGGAGUGGGCGAGUCGCUCCUCUCGGCUUGGCAGACGGCACGGAGCUGGCUUUGCACCGAUUCCAAGCCCGAGCUUGCGGAGCAGGCUGAUCACUUUGUCCUCUUUGGCCAGCGCGGAGCGGACAAGGUGACCCUGUCGGAGCUUUGUGGCGAAGAGGCCGAGAAACCAGAGUUCGGAAGUCUGCGCAAGCUGGAGGCCGCUUCCCGCUUCCUUCUCGCCGAGUCGCUGAUACCACCCAGGCCGGAGAACUUCCUGGGCCGUCCGCAAUUCAUCCAUGAGGUUCUCCACCUGCUCAGCGGCCAUGACAGCCGUCGUGCCUGUACCGUUUGGGGUGCUGAGGGCAUCGGCAAGUCCGCCUUUGGGGUGGAGUUCGCUCACUUCGCGACAGCACCGGGACGCCCCUUCUCGUGCUCUUCGCAGAUUCUGAAGAUAGAGUCGAGCGGUGCUGUCAGCGUGGCCCACUUGCUGCUGGAAGGACUUGAGGCCUUGGCCAACCAGCUCGAGGUUUCCUUGCGGCCUUUCUCUGGCGAUUCAAGGUCAGAAGUAUCUGGUGCUUCGACACAUCUUGGAAGCGACCAGGAGUUGAUGUCCAGUUUGCUGCCUGUGCGGCAGCGCAUUCGUCGCGGGUUCAAGCAGAUCGAAAGAAUACGCCGCAAAGCCCCGGUACUACUGGUUGUGGACGACGAGGUGGGCGCCUUCGCCAGCAGCGCCGCUGUUCGCAAGCUAUUUGGGGAGUUGUUGGAGCACACGUGCCACCUUCACCUACUCGUCCUUUCGCGGACACCCAUCUACAGCUCGCUCGGGCCAAGCAAGGUGGUGAAUGUCGCUCUCCCGGGCUUGGAGGAGUAUGAUGCUGCAAAGCUUUUCCUGCAGCGCAUGCACAGGAAGUUGGAAGCACGGGACUUCCCGGCAGAUCCCAUGGGGAGUGCAGAUGCAGGCGGAGGAGCUCCUUCGCCAUCGCCUCCCCGGGGAGUGCUGGAAGCAGCAAUCCAGAGGUUGAAAGGACAUCCCCUUCUCCAUCGUCUAGCAGGCCACCCUGGCAACAUUCGUGAGGUUGCCUCCCGUGUUGUCCCUGGCGGGCCCAGCCUGAUAGAUUUGGCGCAGCUGGAGGUUGAACCAUAA